AUGAGUGUAAUGAGUGGGCCUGACAGGAAUAUGAGUAACGAAGUGUGUCAGAAGAACUUAGUAGUGCUUUCUGGCGGCACAGCAGCAAAUGGGUUAUUGGAAGCGUUCGAAAGAGUUUCAAAUGAGCUUUCUUUCAUCAUGCCGAUUUCUGAUAAUGGCGGGUCGACCAGCGAAAUCCUGAGAGUGGUAGGCGGCCCUGCUAUCGGGGACAUUCGCUCACGGAUCGUGCGUUUGAUCAAAGACGCGAACGUGUCAUCAUUACUGGGGUACCGACUGUCAGCUGCCAGAAUGCGGGCUAAACAGGAAUGGAAUGCUAUUGUAGAUGGAACGCACCCAAUCUGGACGGGAUUCCCCAGCGAAGUCAAAGAAAUGUGCCGGUCUUUCCUCAUCCACAUGCAGGCCGAGCUUCUGAAAAAAGACAAGACCUCGGCCCCGUUUCAAUUCGAAAGAGCGAGCAUUGGAAAUCUUUUUCUCACCGGCAUCCGCCUUUUUUUAGGGUCUCUUGAUUCAUCUAUAGAGCUCGCCCUUCGUGUCUGCCGGUGCGACGAGCGCAUUAGCAUCAUCCCGUGCAUAAACACGAACCACACACAUCACAUAUCAGCCCUGCUGCAGAAUGGGGAUGUUAUAACAGGCCAAUCGCAAAUAUCACAUCCGUCCAAGCAGAAGGGUAGAAGAGUGCGCUCCAGCAAAGUCGGUUUGUUGCCCAACGCAUCCGCAAACUUCAGCACGGAGUCACUUGUAGGGCCGAACUCAUCGGUUCAUCUGAAAGAACAAGAAACAUUUGACACAGGUUUCGAAGAGCUACUUCGUGAAGAUGAUGACGACGAAGAUGAAACUGAUCGUGGAGCUGACGACGAAGAAGAAUUUGCAUACCCGGGAUAUAUCCAUCCGGAGUUAAAACUUUCACAGUUACAUUUUGAUAAGAUGGGCGUGGGCGAGGAGGACUUGCUAGCGGCUCCGAUAAAACGCAUUCUAUACAUUAAUCCAUAUGGCGAGGAGGUUUUGCCACAGGGGAAUAGCAGGGCUAUUAACAAGUUAAAAAACAGCAAAAUGGUGAUUUAUUCGGUGGGGUCGCUCAUGACCAGCCUUUUGCCGAUCAUAAUACUGGGAAAUGUGGCCGAAACCAUUGUGGAAAACGAACACGCCAAAAAAGUCUUAUUAGUGAACAACAAAUACGACCGUGAAACGUACGGAAUGGAUGGCUUCCACUUUGUGAAAAUGAUUGUGGAGUCGAUGCACAGAGCAGUUCAUAACUACAAGCGCAAGAGAAAAAGCCAAAAACCUGAAAGUGCUGGAGUCGACUUACCUGUUGAAUGGACCAAGUAUGUUACUGAUGUGCUAUAUUUGACUAGAGGCGAAAUUUCUGUAGAUACACUAGCAUUGAAUAACCUGGGCAUUCGAACUUAUGCUAUUGAACAUGAGUACUUUGAAAUAGAUACACUAGAAGACUUGCUGAAAUCUAUAUAG